AUGACUUCUCGAGACCUCCUCGACAACGAAGCCCUGCUUGACGACGAGGAGGAUGAUCAAUCCUAUGACGGGGAAGGUGCCGACGGCGCCCCCGGAGAACACGAGCAUGCAAACGGGCGAUUCGAGGAUUCAAGCGAAGAAGAUGAGGAAGAUGACGACGAGGAGGCUGAACGCGCUGUCCGCGAAGGAUUCAUCGUCGACGAAGAUGAGGAAAUCGAGGAGCGGGAAGAACGUCGUCGCGAACGGAAAAGGCGUCGUCAGGCAGAACGCGAGCGUGAAGACGAGGAUCUUGACGAGGAAGAUAUCUACUUGAUUGGAGAAAAUAACCCGGAGUUACAGCGCGCGCUACCUUCUGAGCAGUCAAAGUUCAAGCGUCUCAAACGCGGCCAUAAAUCCGAUAGGGAUCGCCAUGUCUCUCGCGGCAUCGAUGACAUGUUUAACUCCGACGAGGAAGAAGAUGUUGACCACUAUGGCAGGGUCGGGCGCCAUGAACGACGGGGGAUGGAGGAUGAUAUGGACAAUUUCAUCGAGGACGAUGUCUUUUCAGACGAAGAUCACGAACAGUUAAGAGAAGACGAGGAAAUUGCACGCCCCAUGAAAAAAGGCUUAUCUGGAUUCGGUGUGACGGAUGCAGCAGGCCUUGAUGAAACAGCGCUGGAAGACAUGCGGAUGGCUUUUGGUGACGGGAAUGAUUAUCAAUUCGCGCUUGAGGCCGAAGACCAAGAAGAAGAACUGGACGAAGAUGAAGAAAAGCAUCUUGACCUCAAGGAUGUCUUCGAGCCGUCCCAACUUGCGGAGAAAAUGUUGACCGAGGAGGAUAAUAUAAUUCGUUUCACUGACGAACCCGAACGGUGUCAGAUCGCGAGGAAACCAUACAAGCAUGUCAUAUUGACUGACGAGGAGUUCAAGGAAGAGGCGAUCUGGAUAUCGAACCUGAUGCUACUGAAGAAGCGCAUCGAUCCGGAUCUGCGCGAGCCAUUUCAACGAUCAAUUGCUAAAGUCCUCGAGUUCAUGAUUACUGAUGAUUGGGAAGUCCCGUUCAUAUUCCAGCAUCGCAAAGAUUAUCUUAUCCACGCAGCUAAGGUGCCGGUGUCGCCUGAUCCUUCCAAUCCGGAUGGCCCAGAGUAUGUCGUCAAAGCCGAGAAGUUGUUGAAUAUGAUAGAUUUGUGGGAUAUUUUUGAAUAUGAUCUCAAGUUCCGGUCACUUGUCGAUAAGCGUAACACCUUGCAAAAGACCUACGAUAACCUCCAAGCGAUUAGCAACGUAAAGGAUAACAUUUUCGAAUUGAUGUUGCCGCUAGCUGUGACCAUGGAGGAGCUGCAGGAUGUGCAGGACUAUCUUUACUUCCAGUACCCUGGUCAACUGAAGGAUAUUGCAAUGGUCAAUGGAAGUGGUGAAAAUGGGUCCUCUAAGCAACGACGAAAAGCUACCACGAGGACUUUCUCUGAACGUGUCAGAAAUAGCCGGGCGUAUGGUUUGGUUCGUGCAUUUGGUAUCACUGCGGAUGCUUUCGCACAAAAUGCGCUGAAGGAAGGGAAGCGACAAUAUACAGAAGACCCCGCCGAACAACCGGAUGUCAUGGCAGAUAAUCUUGUUGACGAAAAUUUCACGAAUGGUGGCCAUGCUUUGAGGGCUGCCAAAGCAAUGUUUGCGGAAGAACUCACGAUGAGUCCGAAGAUGCGCAAGGUAAUGAGGCAGGCGUUUUACAUGAAUGGGGUUAUUGAGUGUUUCAGAACGGAAAAAGGAUUAAAGAAGAUCGAUGAACAACAUCCGUAUUACGAAUUCAAGUACCUUCGAAACCAACAGCUAAGCGAUAUUGCGCGCCGCCCGGAACUUUUUCUCAGGAUGCUCAAGGCGGAGGAAGAGGGCUUAGUGGAGGUUAAAGUCCGGUUCCAGAAUUUUGAAAAUUUCAAGAAAAACCUUUAUUCGCAGAUUGAGUCGGACAAUUUUAGCGAGCUUGCUGAUGCGUGGAACAGAGAGCGGAGAGAGGUCGUUGAUAUGGCCCUUGGGAAACUCGAUAGGAUCAUGAGUCGAGGUGUUAAAGAAAAUAUUAGGACGGAAUGCGAGAACCAUGUCGCCAAGGAGUGCAGAGAAGCGUUCUCUCUACGACUUGACCAGGCCCCUUACAAACCGAAGGGGAUGAUCCUAGGCACUAUCCCUAGAGUCCUUGCGUUAUCGAAUGGAAACGGCGUCGUUGGGAAAGAUCCUAUCUACUGGGCGUGGAUUGAAGAAGAUGGUAGAGUGCUGGAGAAUGGGAAAUUUGUCGACCUCUCUCUAGGUGACUCAGGCCGUAUGGUUUCAGAUGGAGUAGAUGUUGCUGCCUUUGUUGAACUCGUUGACAGACGCAAACCUGAUGUUAUCGGUGUAGCCGGGUUCUCUCCCGAAACUAGAAAGCUUUACAAACAAUUGGUGGAUCUAGUCUCUUCGAAAGACCUACGCAGCGCUACUUACACCAACGAAUACGAUGAGGAAGUCAGCGAUCAUCUAGAAGUGGUUAUCGUGAAUGAUGAAGUUGCGCGACUCUACCAGACGAGCGAGCGGGCUAAAAUGGAACAUCCUGGUUUCGCUACCCUGACUCACUACUGUGUCGCGCUGGCCAAGUAUCUGCAGAAUCCGAUGAAGGAGUAUGCAUCAUUGGGUAGAGACAUUGUAUCGAUUCAGUUCAAACCGGGCCAACAACUUGUUCCUGAGGACAAAAUCCUGAAGCAGCUCGAAACGGCUCUCGUGGACAUGGUCAACCUUUGUGGUGUCGACAUAAACGAAGCUGUCACCGAUAUUGCAACAGCGAAUCUGCUUCCUUACGUCUGCGGCCUUGGACCCCGGAAAGCUGCUCAACUUCUUAAGAUUAUUAAUAUGAACGGAGGCAUUGUCAACAAUAGGAUGGAGCUUUUAGGCGUCAAUGCUCAAUAUCCGGCUAUGGGUGUCAAAGUUUGGAAUAACUGUGCAAGUUUCCUCUAUAUUGAUUAUGACAGCACUGAUCCCGAUGCGGACUACCUUGAUAAUACACGUGUUCAUCCCGAAGACUAUGAUAUCGGCCGGAAAAUGGCCGCCGACGCCUUGGAGCUCGACGAGGAAGAUAUCAAGGCAGAAACAGAUGAAAACGGCCAAGGCGCCAUUAUUCGCAAACUCAUCAAGGAAGACGCGCAGGAUAGAGUCAAUGAUCUUAUUCUCGAGGAAUAUGCUGAACAGCUCGAGAAAAACCUCAAUCAGCGAAAGCGAGCUACCCUCGAAACUAUCCGUGCGGAAUUACAACAGCCGUAUGAAGAGCUGCGGAAACAGUUCGCCUUCCUAGGUACAGAUGCAAUCUUCACUAUGUUGACUGGAGAAACGGCUGAGUCCCUGGCAGAAGGGAUGGUCGUACCUAUCUCCAUCAAACGCGUUUCAGACGAUCAUAUCGACGGCAAGCUAGACUGCGGAAUUGACGCUAUCGCAGGUGAAGUCGAAAUAACUGAUCGCUAUGACAUUCCCGUUCGAAGCCUUUUUUCUCCCCACCAAACGGUUCAGGGAAAGAUUCUCUACCUCAACCGUAAACUCCUCCAGGCCAACGUUUCCCUUCGAGAAAGCCAGAUCAGUAAACCCUAUCGACGGCAGUUUGACCACCUCCGCGACGAAUGGGAUGAGCGACAAGAAGACGCGGAUCGGGAGGCGCUGCGCGAAAAAACAGAGACCAGCGGCAGAACAAUGCGCGUUAUAAAACAUCCACUUUUCCGCUCCUUCAACGCUGCGCAGGCUGAGGAGUUCCUGGCGCCCCAGAGUCGUGGAGAUGUGGUGAUCAGACCAUCGUCGAACGGGAUCGAUCAUCUCGCAGCUACCUGGAAGGUUUCUGAUGGCGUCUACCAGCACCUUGAUAUCCUUGAACUAGACAAGGAGAAUGAGUUCUCUGUGGGUAAGAUUUUGAAGGUUGGCGGCAGGUACUCGUAUAGUGAUCUUGAUGAGUUUAUCGUCAAUCAUAUCAAGACCAUGGCCAAGAAAGUGGAUGAUAUGAUGAAUCAUGAGAAGUUCCAAGAGGGCAGCAAGGCUGAUGCAGCCAAUCCACGCCGCUCCGCUUACGCCUUCUGCAUCGACCGCAAGCACCCAGGCUAUUUCCACCUCUGCUUCAAGGCGGGCGAGAAUGCGCAGCUGAAUAGCUGGGCUGUCAAGGUUAUCCCGCAGGGGUAUGAGUUGCAACGCAACCCGUAUCCGGAUAUGAUGGCGUUGUGUAAUGGGUUUAAACUGCUCUUUGCGAAUUUGCAGGCACGAGCUAAGACUCGUGGCGGCGGGGGUGGGUAUAAGUGA